AUGUCCGCGUUGCCACCCGACCCGUACAAGAUUUUAGGCGUUUCCAAAGAUGCACAAGUCACAGAUAUUCGAAGUGCUUACCGAAAGCUCGUCCUCAAAUGCCACCCCGACAAGGUCCAGGACCCGACGCUCAAGGCCCAAAAGCAAGAUGAGUUCCAAAAGGUCCAGCAGGCCUACGAGAUUUUGAGCGACGAAAACGAGCGAGGCAAGUACGAUGACAACGUCAGACUGGCCGAGCUCCGCAAGGAGAUAGGCAAGGGCAUGUCCGCCAACACCUCUGCUCCCAGAGCGCCUGCCGCCAGAUCCUACGAAGUCCGCACCGCCGAGCCCCGAUCGGAUACCUACAAGACCACGUACCGUGGAUCCCCUGGCGGCAAACCAAUGUACUCUACUGGGUACAACUCUCGAUCUUGGGACGAAGAAAUUCACAGCAGAUCAAAUUCCAUCUUUGACGAACCCCGGGCUCGCCGGGCCGCAAGUUACGAGAAACCGUCCCGCCAAGACGACGAACGAGAGCGGGAGCGGGAGCGGGACCGCAGACGUAGGGAAGAGAGGGACAGAGAACGCGAGGACCUCGCGCGUGCUGCAGACCGCAAAGAAAGGGAGCGCCAAGACAGAGAACGCCAAGAAAGGAAGGCGUACGAAAAGGCCGCCAAGAGGGCUGUCGAGAAGGCCGCGGCGGAGAAGGACGAGCGUCGUCAAGAACGCAAGCGCCUAGAGAAGGCCGAAAAGGAGAGAGAAAAGGACCGCAAACGCGAUGCUGAGGAGAAAUUGCGGAGACACAAGCCUGCCUACAUUGAAGAAGACGAGUCGACCUACUUUGCCAAGUCCGACAAGAAGAAAUCAAGUAGCACCAAAGAGAAGGAGAAGGACAAGCGGUCCCGCUCGAUCCCGCGUGACGGCGUUCCUCUCCGGGAAGAGCCGCCAGCACCGCCAAUGCCCCCUGUCCCGGCUGAUGCCAAAGCUUCCAAAUACAACGACACCAUGCUCUACGCAGCCUCCUACAUGGAUCAAUCACGCAAGGCAGUUCACCCGGGUCUGAGCCGUGCCCAGACGGCGUACGAGGUUCGGUAUUCGCCCCCUGCCGCGGUUCCGACGCCGCCAGCCGCGGCUCCUUUUCCUCCUCCUCCCCCUCCUCCUAUGCCUACUGUUGAGGAGGAUUCUAGUCGCAGAUCAAAGUCGAGGCGCUCAUCUGAAACCAAGACUCGGGACAAGUCGAGCCACAAGAAAUCGUCUCCUACGAAGGAGGCGCCAGUGCCCGUUCCGCCGUCGCCCAAUGUUGUCGAUGCCUCUCCUAGCACUCGUCACAUGGCUCAGUUCGCCUCCGCAACGUCCUCGCCGACCUCCACCUCGCCGCCCAAGCACUUGGGUAGAUCGGCCACCUUCAACGAUGGGUACAACCGUCCGCCUCCUGGUCCUGUCAGAGCACAAACCUUUUCUCAUGUGCCUGCCGAGUCUGCCGACACCCGGGGUCGUGGCCGCUCAAGGCUGCAGCCGCAGAUUCUGAGCGAGGACUCUGAUUCGGAAGAAGACCGUCAUUACCAAAGGAGUCAUCGACAUAGGACUCAGUCUCCUGAGGCAAUGUCGCAUGAGAUUGGCCAACGAACUCGGUACAUGGUUAACGCUGGUAGAACAGUCCCAGUCGCUGCUGAGGCCGCGUACCCUGCCAUGUAUCGCGGAGACUCUCCCCCAAGGAAGCACAGCAAGCCUACCACCUAUUACGAUGUCCGCCCUUCAAUGCCGUCUCGAGAGGGAAGCUAUUCCAGCUCCAGUCCCUUUUUCCCCAAGGUGAAGACGGCGAGAUACGAUACCGUUCAGUACUCCGACAUCCCGCAUCGUUCUCGCAAUGAGUACACUCAAGCCUACUAG